UGAUGUAAUAGACUUUUCUCUCUCGGUUGACAUGGAUGUUGAAAUUGAUGUGAACUAUGUUGUUUCUGAUGAACAAGCACAAAAACUGCACCCAACAUCAGAUCCUCCUUAUUCAUGUGAUACAGUAAGUGUCAUUCUUCAGACUGCACAGCUAGCAAAGAUAGAUUUCAAUAAAUCACUUUCACUUGAACUGGUUCAUGUCAACGGUACCAUUGAAGGAGAGAAGGCUGAGCUAUCAAAGUGCAGUGAUGCCAUCAUAGGUAGCUUUACUGUACCAAAGACAGCCUCGCCAUUGUUUUAUCAAGUAGAGGGGACUGACAUUGGGGGCAUUGAGUUUAAAGAGAUAAUAUCAUCUAAAACAGUAUCAUUUCCUAAGUCAGACGUAUCCCUGAUGCCAUUGAUUGACUCUGAAUCAAUCUUAUUAUCUCCUGAUGGGGAAACUGUAUUUGAAUAUCAGUACUCACUCCUGACAGAGAGAAUACAGCCUGUUCCAUUGCUUACACAAUGGGUCCUUCAAUCUAAUAAUGUUUCACUCCGUCAGAGUCUACCAACGAAAAGCUCCAUUCGUAACAGUCAGCAUGCUCACAUAAAGUUUGACAAUUUGAAUGAUUUACUAAACACAACCGGUCAAGAAAUAAACUGGACUCUAAUAGCAACAGAUGAAUGCAACAACAAUAAAGAGCAUACCUUCUCUGCUCCAGUUACUGUUCUCCCUCCUUUAGACCUAAGGACCUCUAUUUCAUGCACAGCAGAUGUUAAUGUUGAUUGGAAUAGUCUCAGUAAUGAUACUGGUCUUGAAUUGCAUUAUAAUGCAUCAUUGGAAUAUAAUAAUGGAACAACAGUGCAGCAUACUUAUCUAUCCCAGCCUGGGCUUGUUAUAAGUGAUCUCUUGUUUAAUGAGGCCCUUCAAGUGCGCAUCAGUGCUGGAUACCAGAGUGGUAAGAUUAUAUAUAAAGAGCCAUAUGACAUAAGGAAUAAUGCAGAUGUUCCAAGUCCACCAAAAAGUCUAAAGGGGAGGGACAUUACUCCUAAAUCCAAUACGUACACUGUUGAGUUGGAAUGGCUGCCUCCUGACUGCUUGAAUAGCAGGAACAGCAUUAACUACACCAUUUACCAUAAAGAGGAGCAGCAACAAAACUGGAUGAAUACUACAGUAACAGUUGAAGAGGGAGGUCAGGGCACUACUGGACUGAUUAUAAAGAACAUAGAAGUCUCAGGUCCAGGAAAUCACCUUUUCAAAGUAUCAGGGAUUAAUGAAGCAGGGUUAAGCAUUGAAUCAAAUGAGGCUAACGUUACAGUUAGUGCAAUUGAUAAUGACCAAGGGGAGUCCACUGUAGUAAUUGUCACUGUUCUUGUUCCAGUCUGCAUAAUUAUAGCACUUGGAACUGUAGGUACUCUUAUAGUGUUUGGAGCUAUUUACUUUAAAAGACAGAGUAAAAGGAAGAGGAUGGAAGAAGCAGACUAUCAGUUUGAAGAAUAUAACAAUGAAAAUGAGUAUUUAGAUGAAGACAAGAUACAUCUUUACUCAGAUCCAGAAAAAGAGGCUAUGACGUCAGCGGAGCAAAAAGAAUGGAAAGCAGAACGGCCACAGUUUUACUACUAAAAUACUAAUUGCUAUAAAUUUAUAGUUAUUGUGCCUGUAUUUAUUAUUAGCCAGUAAAUGUGUAGAUUGUGUACAGUA